GGAGAGUCCGAGCGGGCCCACUGCGGCCUGGACGCCCGAGUGACCAGCCAUGUCCAACGCGAUGUACGAUAAGAUGUGGCACCAGACCCAGGAGGCCCUCAGCUCGCUGCUGGACCACGAGUCGGAGGUGAUCGACCCGCACACCAACCAGGUCUUCAUCUUCCAAACGCUGGCCACCUACUACAUCAAGUACGUGCAGAUCUUCCGGAACCUGGAGCACGUGUACGACCAGAUCGUGCACCCCCAGAAGCGCCUGCUCAUCCGGAAGGUGCUGGACGGGGUCAUGGGCCGCAUCCUGGAGCUGAAGAACGAGAUGGUGGAGCUGGAGCUGAGCGAGUUCCAUUAUUUCGACGACAUCCUGCAGGACCUCAAGCUGGAGCCCCAACAAUUAGACAUUCCCAUCCCCAAGUAUUUCAUGAAGGAAAAGAUGGAGGCCAUCAAGGCGAGAGAGAAGAUGCUGGCCCAGAUCCUGGCCGAGUCUGGGCUGAUGACCCCUGACCUGGCCCUGUCUGCCAAGACCAUCCCCCUGGAGAAGGCCGUGAAGCUGGUCCAGUUGGCGGAGAGGAUGCGGCAGGGCCGGCUGCGGGCCAUGUUCAUGAAGCAGAUCUUCCUCCAAGAGUACCGCGCCAGGCAGGCCAAGCUCCUGGGCGAGAAGACCGUGGACCUGGGGGCCGCGGCGCUCCUCAUCCAGAAGAUUUGGCGAGGUUUCAACCAAAGCAAGAAGACUAUUCAAGAGCGGGAAGAAGAGAUGAUAUUUCUGGGGAUGAUGCCGCCGCCCCUGUUCAACAAGGUCAGCCCGACGGUGGAGCAGGCGGAGAAGGUGCGCUCGCAGCGGGACGAGACGCAGGGCCGGCACGAGGCCGACUACCAGAACGCGCUGGUGUCCAUCAAGGACGACCUGAAACUCGUGGAGGGACCCGACAUCAAGGAGAACCUGCAGGACCAGAUCCGACACUGGUUCAUCGAAUGCAGGAACCUCACAGGCACGUUUCCCGACUAUCCUGACGCAGAGGAAGGAGGGUCGGCAGUGAUUUUCUCCAACAAGACCCCGCAGCAGGUCAUCGACGAUAUUAUUGCCAGCCAAGAAGAAGACGAAAAGAAAAAGAAACAGAAGAAAAAGGAAAAGGAAAAGAAACCCAAGAAAACCCGGAAAGAGGAAAAGAAUGACUUAAGGGAAAAAUCGAAGGAAGAAGACGCGGGCUGGAAGAUGGCCCCCAGUGGCUUCCUCUCCUCCAUUCAGGAAGGAAACACCCUGUACAAAGACAAGUGGAAGGAUAAAGACGAGUCGGGAAACUUCCUCCAGGGCUACGACGCGGAAAUGAUCAAGGAGGAGAAACGCAGGGAGAUAGAGGCCGAGAUCAGGGUGCAGGUGGACGAGCUGAUGCGGCAGGAACUGAAGAACUUGCGACUCGCAGUGAACAAGGAGAAGGAGAUUCCACCCAGGGGAGGGAAGAGGAAAGGAGGCAAGGCCCAGAAGAAAGGGAAGAAGCACAGGAAGGGGAAGGCAGGGAAGGGCGACCUGACGGCGGACAGGCCCCUGGAGUCCCUGUACCGGGAGGUGGUGGCAGAGGGUCUGCUGAUACAGUCUCUGAAGGUCAACCUCUCAGACUACAUCGGGGAGUACUGCUACCUGGGGACGGCGCUGCGCCAGGUGGCCAUCGAGCCCAUGCCCUCCGUGCUGGACGUCAGGCAGCUCAUCACCCUGUACGGCGUCCUGCCGCUAGGCUCGGCGUCCGUUCACGAGAAGGCGCCCCUGGUGAGGUCGCUGCUGCUGGUCGGGCCCUCGGGGGUGGGCAAGAAGAUGCUGGUGCACGCCAUCUGCACGGAGACGGGCGCCAACCUCUUCAACCUGUCGGCCACCAACAUCGCGGGCAAGUACCCGGGCAAGGCCGGCCUCCAGAUGAUGCUGCACCUGGUCUUCAAGGUGGCCCGAGAGUUCCAGCCCUCCGUGGUGUGGAUCGGAGACACCGAAAAGACCUUCUACAAGAAGGUGCCCCAAGCGGAGAAGACGAUUGACCCGAAGCGCCUGAAAAAGCAGCUUCCGAAGGUCCUGAAGCUUCUGAAGCCGGACGACAGGAUCCUGAUCGUGGGCACCACCCAGCGGCCCUUCGACGCCGACCUGCAGGCCUUCUGCAAGGUCUACGAGAAGAUCAUCCUGGUGCCCCGGCCUGACUACGCGUCCCGAUACGUCCUGUGGAAAGAGAUCAUCCAGCGCCACGGGGGCGUCCUCACGGGGGCCUUGAACAUCAGCUGCCUGGCCAAGGUCACCGACGGCUUCACCCAGGGACACAUCGUCCAGGUGGUCAAGGCCGCGCUCACCGACCGCCGGGUCCGCCAGCAGGAGCGCAAGCCCCUCACGGCCAACGAGUUCAUCGCGGCCAUGACCAGCAUGGUGCCCGUGUACCAGGAGGAGGAGGAGAGCUUCAAGGUCUGGUACGCCAAGACCCCGCUGGGGAGAAAGAGAGCCUUGGCCCUGAUGGGGUCCAGCCCCGAGAAGGAGAAGGAAAAAGAAAAGGAGAAGAAAGGGGCCAAGGAGAAGAAGAAGAAAAAGAAGAAAAACAGCACCGACGUGGAGAAACCGGGGCCCAGUGGGUUCUGCGGGCCUGGGGCUCCCUCGCGGGGAGACGCCCUGUGCCGCGACAGCCCGGCCACUCGCGUCCUCCCGCUGGACGAGGCCCCGCCCAGGGAGCGAGGACCCGGCCUUCGAGAGACGCUGCCCAAUUUGCGAGAAUCUCCCGACAGCCAGUGGCCGCGCUGA